UGGAUCUGUCACUCUGAGCAAUGGCGGCUGCGAUUGUUGCUGCGUGCAUCCCCGCACUUGUCGCAGUCGCCUUCGCCGUCGUUGUUGAAAUUAUUCUGCCCCAGCGUCGUGAAGCUCGUCGUCAUCACACGCCUCUCAACCCAGUGACCGUUUCGAAUGCCAGUCCCAAUGGUCCAUUCAACUCUGCUGGAUUCGCAUUGAAACUCGACGCGCACUGCCGCCCCGCCGCCUGCCAUUCCGAGUUCCAUCGCACAGCAGCCACCGCCACCACCAACGACUGUGGUGGCCAUGUCUGGUCCACAGCGCGUCGUUUCGCUGCGAACCUCGCUGACGAGUCGCGUUUGCACUGCGCUCAUGCUCGCAGCCGGUUUCCAGCCAGUGCUGAUGCUCGUCCCGUUCACCUCGCUCAAUGUGCUGCGUGCAGUGUACCGCACACACUACAACACAACGACGCUGCCAGACCAGGCCGUGCAGGCGACGUGGUGGCUGAACGCGACCGCACCCGCGAGCGAGGAGGUGUGGCGACCAACUCUGUUGACGUUUUCUGAGCCGCUUGUGUUUUUGACAAAUGCAGUCGCUGCGCUGCUUGUCAUUAGCAUUUUCACUGUCGAUAUCGCUGCUGUUGGAUCAACGUUAACACAGCUCCAUCUCAAGAAAAGUUUUUCUGCAUUACUCGGACUUCAAGCAUUGCUUCUUGGGAGCAUCAUGUUGGCUACACCGUUUCCGUUGGUCUGGGAUUUGCAAGAUACGGCUCGGCAACUGGCGACUUGCACAUUGGGUCUGACGAUUGUUCAGCACUGUUGGAUAGUAAUCGCCUUUCGAGUGAAAGCAAUACGCGUGGCGUUGCGCGUCGCAAAUCAGCGGCGUGAAUCGCCAGGACCUGGCGCAUUCUUUACCUCACUGCACUCACUCAAGCCAUUUCAAACCAGCGACACUCCACUCUUGGCCAUUCACAACGCCGCAUGUAUUGCCACAGCAGUACUCCUUCUGCUUGCCUCGCCCAAGUCCAUGCUGGCGGGUGUGCUGGCUGCGCUCAGCUUGGCCCUCAUUCUUCCUGAACGAUUGAUGUUCUCGCCAGCGCCGCGCUCUCUCACGUUCGUGAAAUUUGCUCACCAUCCGUGGAGCAUGGUUCGCGCGCUUCUUUCAGCCAGCUGGUACUACGGCAAGGCACCAGCGACUUUUCUACCGCCUGACACGGCAGCUUCCGCUUUUUGGGACGCGCUUCCCUGCUUUUCGUGUGCACUUGGGGUGCUGUCGCUAUUCCUCUCCAGCUGCACCUUUGUCGAGGACGCGUUUGAUCGCUGGGUCACAAUCUUGGAUUGGCGACCAGUUCAUUUUGAAAGUCUUCCACCUUUGCUCGCAGCCCUCCUUCUCGUCCCGUGGCAUUUGGUGUUUUCAUUACGAGCCUUCUGGUGCGCCCGUUGGGCCCGAGGCAGUACUCCUUCCAUCGAGGCCAUGUUUCAAGCCGAAACACAGGCAGAGUCCGAAUUCCUCCGCAACGAGGCAUCGCGAGACCACCCCUCCGAUGCAUCCAUCAAGAUGACCCGGCGUCGCAGGUUUGUUGUAAACUCACUGCCUUCUAGUGCGCCAUUGUCCUCUGCUUCCGAGCCGCUUCCCGAAACCAAAAGUACCAACCCGCUGCCGCCUGCUACUUCUAUGCAGCUGUUUAGUUUUGUUCUGCAUGCCAUGCAGUGGUGGCAACAUGCGGCUGGUUUGGGUCUCAUUUGCGUUGCGCUUUGGUUUUACCAAUCGCGCCUCCUCCUAGUUUCAUGUUGCUGGGGUUUGGUAGAGGUGUUUUUAUUCCAAGUUAUCGUCCUGCACGAGCGUCGUCAACGCCAAGCAGAGUUGUAACAGUACAAGGUUUGCGUUUCCUCAUCAUUUACAAAUAAAUUAGAUACGAAUGCUGCA